AGAAGCGGAAGAUUCAUGUGCUUCAGUGAGAGGAAAAAAACAGCUUAGUACAUUGACAUUUUGCUGUAUAGAAGGAGAAUCCUUAACUUUCCUGGGAUUUAUAGCAUAAAUGCUUAAAUUACACUGAUUUCAGCCCUGAAAAUUAGAAUUUCCUGGGAUGGAAGAUGGAAGACAGAGGAUCUCGGGUUGCUGACUAUUUUGUUGUGGCGGGAUUAACUGAUAUUUCAAAACCACUAGAGGAGGAAAUCCACUUCAAUGAUGCUUGUCAUAAACUCGCAAAGCCAAAAGAACCAAUCACAGAUGUGGCGGUGAUAAUUAAAUCUCUUGGGGAAGAGGUCCCUCAUGGGUACAAGUGCAUCGAUGUCACUCCGUCAGGAUUGUCAGCUGAUCUCAACAAUGGCAGCCUUAUGGGGCCCCAAAUAUAUAUGUGCUACAGGAGAGGAAGGGAUAAACCCCCACUUACUGAUCUGGGGGUUUUAUAUGAUGGGAAAGAGAGAUUAAAACAAGGAUGUGAAAUCAUUCAGACCACUCCAUCUGGCCGCCCUGCAAAUAUCAGUAGUGGUGCCUCGUCACAGAAAGUGUACAUAACCUAUCGAAGAGCUUUGGAGAAUAUGACGCAGAACACCUUGGCGGUCACAGACAUAUGUAUAAUUAUCCCAAGUAAGGGGGAAACCCCUCCACACACCUUCUGUAAAGUUGACAAGAAUCUGAACAAUAGCAUGUGGGGCUUAGCAGCCUACUUGUGUUAUAAGAAGUCGGUGGCAAAAACAAACACCAUAUCAUAUAAAGCAGGUCUAAUAUGUAGAUAUCCAGAAAAAGACUACGAUUCAUUUCCUUUGCCAGAAUCAGUACCUCUCUUUUGCCUCCCAAUGGGUGCAACAAUUGAAUGUUGGCCUUCUGAUAGCAAAUAUCCCCUCCCAGUAUUUUCUACAUUUGUGCUAACUGGAGCCUCAGCUGAAAAGGUCUAUGGUGCUGCUAUUCAGUUCUAUGAAACAUACUCUGAGGAAGAUCUCACCGAAAAACAGAAAUCUCAGUUGGGUUUUAUGACCAUACCCAGCUCUAAAACAGUUCAGACUAAUAAAUGCAUCUGCCUUCUGUCCCACUGGCCAUUCUUUGACGCUUUCAAGAAAUUUCUUACUUUUCUGUAUCGCUAUUCAAUAUCUGGUCCACAUGUUCUUCCUAUUGAGAAGCAUAUUUCCCAUUUUAUGCACAAAGUUCCUUUUCCAUCUCCACAAAGACCAAGGAUUUUAGUUCAGCUAUCACCCCAUGAUAAUCUGAUUCUUAGUCAGCCCAUAUCAUCACCUCUACCACUGAGUGGAGGGAAGUUUUCUGCUCUUCUGCAGAAUCUUGGGCCUGAGAAUGCUGUAAACCUCCUUGUAUUUGCGGUGACUGAACAUAAAAUCCUUAUCCACUCUUUACGUCCUUCGGUCCUUACCAGCGUAACAGAAGCCCUGGUCUCUAUGAUAUUUCCUUUCCACUGGCCAUGCCCGUACAUUCCUCUCUGCCCUUUAGCCCUGGCUGAUGUUUUGAGUGCACCCUGUCCGUUCAUAGUAGGAAUUGAUUCCAGAUAUUUUGAUCUCUAUGACCCUCCACCAGAUGUUAGCUGUGUUGACCUAGAUACAAACACCAUUUCACAGCCAGGUGAUAAGAGAACGAUUGCAUGGAAGACCUUGCCAAAGAAACCUUGUAAAAAACUGAUGAACACUCUAAAUAACUUAUAUCAACAGCUAGCAGCAUUGCAGCAAAGACCACGAGAUGAUGCUUUAAUGGAACUGGCUAUGAAUGACUAUGAUUUUCAUUCAGGCUCGAAGCUGCAUCUAUUAGAUAUGGAAAUUCAAGAGGCCUUUCUCACUUUUAUGGCUUCUAUCCUAAAAGGUUACAGAUCCUAUCUAAGACCUAUUACCCAAGCCCCUUCUGAAACGGCAACCGAUGCAAGCUCCCUUUUUGAACUACAAGGAUUCUUAAAAAGCCGUGAUCGUUCACAUCAAAAGUUUUAUACUAUGAUGACUAAGACACAAAUGUUCAUUCGCUUCAUUGAAGAAUGCUCUUUUGUUAGCGAUAAAGAUGCAAGCCUUGCAUUUUUUGAUGACUGUGUAAAUAAAAUGGAUGUAGACAGGACAGGUGAUACCCGCCUUAUAGAACUUGACGAGUCCCACAAGAGCGAGCACACUGUCUUCAUAACACCCCCAGAGAUCCCUCAUCUCCCCAAUGGAGAGGAGCUCCCAUUUCAAUACAG